GAGUUUUGACUGUUCUUGUGUGGCGUGUGAUGAAAAGUUAGAGUAUGUUUUGAACCAGAGCCGAGAGAGGGUGGCUUGGAAUUUAAUUCGUAGCAAAAUAUUCAUUCAAAGUGAGAGAUCCCGUGGUGGUGGUGCAGUAAAGUGAGAACGUGUCACGGAGUGUAGUGAUUCCGUGUGUGGGUGUGUGCAGUACUGAAUUUUGAAGUUGUACAAGGCGGAGGACCCACAUACUGGGGCACAUCCCGUACGAGAUGGCAGACCAGAAUCUCCAGAUGCUCCUGGAGCUGCUGAAGAAGAGUGGCAACAGUGAGUGCGCAGACUGUGGCAGCAAAUAUGUUGAAUGGGCAUCGUAUAACAUUGGCAUCUUCCUGUGCACUCGAUGUGCGGGAGUUCAUCGCGCUAUGGGAGCUCACAUAUCCAAAGUGAAGCACUUGAAAUUGGACAAAUGGGAGGACAGUCAACUGGAACGGAUGAAGGAGGUUGGCAAUGUGAAGGCACGUCUCAAGUAUGAACAACGGGUUCCGGCCUGCUAUAGACGACCCACUGAAGAUUCCCCACAAGUACUCAUUGAGCAGUGGAUUCGCGCCAAGUACGAACGCCUGGAGUUUUCGCUCAAUGAACGACCCAGUUACACGUCUGGCCACAUGGAGGGUUUUCUCAUGAAGCGCGGCAAGGAGGAUAGCCGCUACCAACCGCGAAAAUUUGUUCUCUGCGAAACUGAUGACACGCUCAAAUAUCACGUGAAAGAGAGCAAAGACCCAAAAGCCGUUUUGAGGAUAUCUGAACUCAAUGUGGCAUUUGCACCACCCAAAAUUGGUCAUAUGAAUUCCAUGCAGUUGACGUACUUGAAGGAUGGCUCCACGAGGCACAUCUACGUCUACCACGAUGAUCCGGAAGUAAUUAAUAAUUGGUAUAUGGCAAUUCGGUGUGCGAAGUUGCAUCGAUUGCAAGUGGCAUUUCCGUCGGCAUCCGAGGCGGAACUCGUCCAUCUGCUCACAAGAGAUUUUGCCAGGGAGGGGUGGCUACUCAAAACUGGACCACGACCUUCAGAUGGCUACAAGAGGCGCUGGUUUACGUUGGAUAACAGGAAAUUAAUGUACCACGAUGACCCAUUGGAUGCAUACCCCAAAGGGGAGAUCUUUCUUGGGCAUCAAAUGGAUGGGUACAGUGUACGAAUUGGGGCACCACAAGGGGCUAAAGAUCAGGGCUUUAGCUUUACACUUUUCACACCAGAGAGAGUGUUCAAUUUGUCAGCGAGCACAGAACAGGAACGUGAUGAGUGGAUGCAUGAGAUACAGAAAGUCCUAGAGAGGCCUCUUACCCCACAAGAUAGCUCAAUUUCUGCCAGACUCAUACGGAAACGAACAGGAACAAAUUCAAUAAACAUCUUCACGGGACGAUAAUGAAGGAUGGCACGACGUUGCCUGCCGUGAGAGGUUUUUAUUUGAAAAAGAAACUUUUUUUAUACUAUUUUAUGUACAAAUUUAUUAAAUUAAGAAACUCCUCGCGUUCGAGGAAUAAGAAGUUGGUUGUCAUGCUAUUCUUUUUUAAUUUAAAUUAAUUGAUCAAUAAAAAAAUUGUUUGUUAAGGAC